CUUGUCCCUCCCCCCUGCCUAGCUGUGCCUGGGCCUUUUUCACCCCUUAGCUCUCCCAGCAACAGCAGCCAGGAGGAGCUACUGGAUGACCGAAACCCAUUGCUAGUCCGGGCUGAACUGGCCCUGCUUUCUAUCAUCUUUGUGGCUGUGGCUUUGAGCAAUGGCUUGGUGCUGGGAGCCCUAAUACGACGGGGCCGGCGUGGACGCUGGGCACCCAUGCACGUCUUCAUCAGUCAUUUGUGCCUAGCUGACCUGGCUGUGGCUUUGUUUCAAGUGCUGCCCCAGCUGGCUUGGGAUGCCACUGACCGCUUCCAUGGCCCUGAUGCCCUGUGUCGGGCCGUCAAGUACCUGCAGAUGGUGGGCAUGUAUGCCUCCUCCUAUAUGAUCCUGGCCAUGACGUUAGACCGCCACCGCGCCAUCUGCCGCCCUAUGCUGGCAUACCGCCAUGGAGGUGGGGCUCGCUGGAACCGGCCAGUGCUGGUGGCCUGGGCCUUCUCACUCCUUCUCAGCCUGCCUCAGCUCUUCAUUUUUGCUCAACGAGAUGUGGGAAAUGGCAGUGGAGUGUUUGAUUGCUGGGCCAGAUUUGCAGAGCCCUGGGGCCUUCGUGCCUACGUCACCUGGAUUGCCUUGAUGGUGUUUGUAGCACCUGCCCUGGGUAUUGCUGCCUGCCAGGUUCUUAUCUUCAGAGAGAUUCAUGCCAGUCUGGUGCCAGGGCCAUCUGAGAGGGCAGGGAGGCGCCGCAGAGGGCACCGAACAGGCAGUCCCACCGAGGGAGCCCAUGUGUCAGCAGCCAUGGCCAAGACUGUGAGGAUGACAUUGGUGAUUGUGAUCGUCUACGUGCUGUGCUGGGCACCCUUCUUCCUUGUGCAGCUGUGGGCAGCGUGGGACCCAGAGGCUCCUCUGGAAAGACCUCCCUUUGUGCUGCUCAUGCUGCUGGCCAGCCUUAACAGCUGUACCAACCCCUGGAUCUAUGCUUCCUUCAGUAGCAGCAUCUCCUCAGAGUUGCGGAGCCUGCUUUGCUGUGCUCAGAGGCACACCACACCCAGCCUGGGGCCUCAAGAUGAGUCCUGUGCCACGGCCAGCUCUUCUCUGACCAAGGAUACACCUUCCUGAGCAAUCACUGGGCUUUUUCCAUCCAAAGGCUCCCUGUAGCUGACUGUCUCGGUUUGGCCCUGGGAGUACCAAGAGAGGGGUACCUUGGCCAUCCUUGAUCCUCCCUAGGUCUCAUUGUCCUCAGGUAUGCAAGAAGGAAUGUUCCAGGACUGUAAGGAAACCCUCAAGUUGACUCCUAUGUGCCAGACAUGGGAAGCAACUGGAACAGAGGCCUCAAGGUCUGGAGUAGGAACAGGGGACAGAGGUGCUUGUGCUUCUUAUCCUGGCAAGUACCCUGUGGGUGAAGAAGAAUCCCAGGGAGCUGAAGGAAGGACCAGGAUGGGGCUAGUAGAACUUCCCGUUAUUCCUCCCUUCUGUCUAUCUCCUUAAUAAAAG